CAGCCCUUGRACUCUCCUUCUCCACCACUAUAUAACGAAGAACUGCAACAAGAAUCAGUUAGCAGGAUGGACAUGUUCAACCUGUGGAAUGAUGACCCAGAAGAGGCUCUCUUGGAUCUCGGCUUUGGCUGCGACGAGCCUGACCUCUCUGGAAGGAUUCCAGUGCGGUUUCUCAGAUAUCAGUCACAGGCGAGAGGAAUAACCCUUCAGUUAUUUCUGGAGGCCCAAAACAACCGACUCGACGUUGAAAAUCCAGACAUCAGCAAUCGUUUUAGGCAGAUUGAAGUUCUCCAGCAAGUAACUACAGCAUUUUCCCUGUUGGUGACAUCUGGCUCUUCUCAUCAUCUCAGAGUCCCUCCAAGAAAAGACAUGUCUCUUGAUACCCAAGAGAAAAGAAAGAGAAUGGGUAUGCUAUUGAGGCAAGCAUCAAAGAAGUCACUUAAUCAAAUCCACAGAAAUAAAAGCCUUGCGGUGCCUGUACCUGCUGCAAAUGUGACGCCUGAGUCCCAGCAACUUCCAUCAAGGCUUACAGACACACAAGUGCUAUUAAAAGAAGUUAAACCUGGACCUCUGGAGACUGCGAGUCCAAAGACUUUGGAGAAGGAUCAAGGAGUUUAUUCAGGCCUUCAGACCUACCCUCACUCAGUUUCUUUGACAGCCUUGGAGGGACCGUUCAAUCAAGUGAUUCUAAAGGAUGCAAACCCCCAAGCACAUAGGCCUUUUCUACAAAAGAAGGAAAAUCCAGGGCAAGCCAGUGAGUUGCUUGUAGUGGAAGAGAAACAUUGGAUUGAUGGGAAGACACUCACAGUGAGCUGCGUGGGAAAAGAUGAAAACUUAGGUUGGUCUUUAAUCGUGUUUCACAUUACUUUUGUUUCAUUGUUGAAGGCUGCAGCAGUACUUUUAGAGAAUUGAGCUUACCUUUAGUUAAUGUGACUGAUUGAAGAUUUUCUGUAUGUAUGCCAAUUAAUACAUACAGAAAUAUAAAGUGAACUUUUCCAAAGGCAUCUAAUAUAGAUAUUGAUAGUUCCUUAUUCAUUAAAAAAAUUCCCAAAUUUAACAAAAUACAUCAGUAAUAUAAAAAGUACAUUCUGUGAUCACUUCUGUUUGCACUUUUUGUUAAGUGUGUAAUUAUGUCUAUAAAGGUUAUUUAUUUUAUCUACUAAA